AGAAAAAUCAUUAUUACAAAUCUAAUCGUUUUAAAAUCCUAGGGAAUCCUACUAGAUUAUUAUUACUAUUGUAGACCUUGUUUCUUUUGUCACAUUAAUUAAUAACAAUAAAAUAAUAUAUAUUUUUAAAAAUAUUUUUGUUUUGUUUUGCAUUGUAUAUUAUUUAGCUGUAGAUUUGUAAUGGGCCACGUAAUUGGGCCAUGCUAAGACCCGGCAAACCCAUGUGAGAUAUAUGAUCUCCCGCACUAUAGUCCACGUUAUCUCACUGAUAUCUCAUUAUUUUAACAAUAAGACCGUCUCUUAAUUUUAUUACAAGUUUUCUUUUACUCUUGUAGCCUUAAAUUUUAGGCUGAAAAUUAAAGUUUUGAAAAAAGCUAUAGGGAGGGACUAUGUAAAAUAAAAAAAUGUACGUUACCAUCAGAUUUUACCAUAAAGAGCCAAAAAUAAAAUAUGCAAAACUCCACUAAAAAUAAUAUUAAUUCCCCUAGCCAACAAAAAAGAUUCAGAUUCAUAUCCCACGCGCUCGUUCAAAUCCUCUCAUUCGCCACCUGAUCAAACCAAUCUCAAUUUGAAAAUUGAAAUAGACAAAAUCGUGACAUUGGGACAUAAAAAAGCACUAGGACAAAAUUCUAGUCGACGCAAAAAAAAUUCGAAAAACGUGAGUCAGCGUAUGUGGUUUACACGCGCCAAAGUGGGAGCGUGAGUGGGGUUUGAAUGCACCUGAAACUGUCUGGUCAAUAAGUUAAAGUGCAUGGGAAAAAUCUUGGUUGCUGUUUCCUAUAUAUCUCUCUUUUUACCAUCAACAUGUUACAUAUAUAUAUGGACAAAAAUCUGUAUAUGUGAAUGCAUAUAGGAGUGUGAUGUAUUUAUAUAAGUUAGUAAGCUUUGUUCUCUUUCUCUAUUUUUUUGGCAGGUAUAUAAAAUUUUAAAAUGGAGGAGGAAAACCAAAAGUCGCAUCGAGUUUCACGUAAAGACCAGAGUGGAUCCCACUGGAGUCAAGGAGCCGAUGAAGAGCCGAGAGCCAGAUGCUCCGGGAAAAGGUGCCGGUCUUGGGCGGCGGCGGCGAUCGCUGACUGCGUGGCGCUCUGCUGUUGUCCCUGCGCCGUGGUGAACAUCUUCACUCUCGCCUUUGUUAAGGUCCCGUGGAUGAUAGGCCGGAAAUGUAUCGGCCGUGGUGGCCCGAGUAAGAAGCGGAUGAAGAAAAUCAACCGUGAGGAUCGGUUUCAUCACCAUCACCACCACAGGAGGUCGGCCGAGAUGGUGAGUGGUGGAUGUUGCGGUGGCGGAGAUGGAGAUGGAGAGUUCGAUGACCAUCGGUUUGUGGUGGAAAGAGACGGGAGUUUGACCAAAGAGGAAGCCAAAACGGCGUCGUUAAAAGAAGAGGAAGAGACGAGAAUAAGUGCGAGAGUGGAAGCAGAGAGAGUUUGGUUAGAGUUGUAUCAGAUUGGGCAUCUUGGCUUUGGUAGAGUCUCCUUCACUGGCAUUCAUCAAUGAUAAUAGAUGAACUUUUAAUUAUUAGGCGUAUAUGAUUACCAAAACUAAAAAUAGAUUUUGUGAAAUUCUUUAGUGCAGCAAGUAAGAUUCCACAAGU